UAUUUAAAAUCCCCAUAUUUUAUUUCUCACUGCUCAUUCAAACGCGCGAUAGUGAAGUGUAAAAAAGUGCAUCCGGUAACAUGUCCAAGCCGUUGGAAAAAUCAAAGAAAAAUUUCUCCUUGGGCGAGCUGCUUCAACGGCGGAUUCACAUCCUCCAGUGGCUCCCCAAGUACUCAAAAUCGGACAUAAUCGCCGAUUUUAUCGCCGGAAUCUCAGUCGGUCUCACAAUGAUGCCCCAAUCCAUAGCCUACGCCAAUUUGGCCGGCUUGCCUGCCCAAUACGGCCUCUACACCGCCUUCAUCGGCUCAUUCACUUACGUUUUCUUCGGGACAAUAAAACAAGUAUCAAUCGGGCCGACAAGUCUCAUGGCCCUCUUGACACUUUCGUACACGGAAAGCUUAUCAGUCGAUUACGUGAUCCUUUUGACCCUUUUAGUCGGGUGUGUCGAAUUUUUAAUGGGGCUCUUAAAACUUGGUUUCCUGGUCGAUUUUAUUUCCCCGUGUGUUACUUCCGGCUUCACGUCGGCAAUGUCAGUGACUAUCGUCACCUCACAACUCAAAAACUUGCUCGGUUUGAGGAAACUGAAAAACCACGGCGUUUUCGACGUCUUCUACAAAGUUGCCACCAGAAUUAACGAAGUCCGACUCGCUGACACUCUGCUCGGAUUCUCCUGCAUUGCCUUCCUAUUCACUUUCAAGCAACUGGCAACGAUCAAAACCCGCAACAAAGCGUUAAAAAAGACGCUCUGGUUGCUCUCAAUCUCGAAAAACGCCCUCAUUGUCUUGAUCACGUCGAUGGUGGGGUACUACUUUUACGAGUACCGCGGGGGUUCCCCCUUUGUGUUAUCCGGGAAAGUACCGUCAGGCCUCCCAAAAGUCAAAAUCCCCAGUUUUAGCACAGUUAACGGCAACCAAACCGUCGGGAUUCUCGAAAUGGUGCAAACUCUAGGCUCGGGGAUUUUCGUUUUGCCAAUCGCCGGCGUUUUAGCCAAUGUUGCCAUCGCCAAAGCCUUCGUCAGUGGGACAAUCGUGGACGCAACCCAGGAAAUGAUGACUUUGGGCCUGUGCAACAUCUUCGGGUCUUUUGUCCAGGCGAUGCCGAGCUGUGGCGCUUUCACCCGAUCGGCCGUGGCCAAUAGCAGCGGCGUACGCACCCCUUUGCAGGGGAUUUACUCAGGAACCGUAAUUCUCCUAGCUUUGAGUUUUCUAACACCGUAUUUUUAUUACAUCCCAAGGUCGACUCUCGCCGCUAUUUUGAUAUCGGCGAUUAUCACAAUGUUUGACUACGAAAUUUUCCCCAAACUGUGGAAAUGUAACAAGUUUGAUUUUUUCCUGACUUUGGCAACACUAACCAUUGGAGUGUGUUACGGUGUCGAGAUUGGAAUUAUCGCGGGUGGGCUUUUAAAUUUGUUGAUUUUGUUAAAAGUGUGGGCACGGCCCCAAAUAACCAAAGAAAUUCGAGUCGACAACCAGGGGAACCAAUACAUUUAUAUAAAGCCGGAAGUCGGUCUUUAUUACGCUGCAACCGAUUACUUAACAACCAACGUAAUUGAAGCCUAUAAUAACAGGCGUAAUUUACCCAUCGUCCUUGAUUGUUCAAAUAUUAUACGAGUCGAUUAUGCAGCUUGUCAGACAAUCGAUAAUCUCGUGAAAACGUUCAACAAAACGAACAAAAAAGUGACUCUGAUGAACGUCAAGCCGCACAUUUUCAAUAUUUGGCGGCAAACGAUCGACUUCGAUCAUUUAAAAGUGUGCCAAAGCGUGGACAACAUCAGUGAGACCGAUUCGAGCAAAACGAACGACUGCCAAAUUCCGCUGAUCGACAAGGGAACAAGUGAGAGGAAAAUGUCAUACUAUGAUAACGUUUGAUACGCUUGUUGUGAUAUAUUUUAUUUAUUUUAUAAUUGUAAAUUAAAAGACUUAUGCCACAAUUAAACGAUUUUAUAAAAAAGAA